UCACUGCUGCUGCUGACCCGACAGAGCCCGAGACGCGGUGCUCCCGCGGCCGUCCACAAGCGAAACAACCGCCCGCAAAACAUACCCCGCCUGUUCCCAAUCCUCUCCUCUCCUCUUCUAGAAGUUUUUGCUUCCACUCCACUCCUCCCCCCCGCCGCGGCGCCCGUUCGCCUCCGGGAUCGGCGGUUUCCGUGGAAACGCGGGCCGCCGGUUGGAGAGGGGGAGGGAGGUUAGGGAGGGGGCGAUGGCGGGCGGGGGCGAGGCGGCGGCGCUGGAGUUCACGCCGACGUGGAUCGUGGCGGCGGUCUGCUCGCUCAUCGUGUUCCUCUCGCUCGUCGCUGAGCGAUGCCUCCAUUACCUCGGCAAGACGCUCGUGAAGAGGAAUCAGAAGCCGCUCUACGAGGCGCUCCUCAAGGUCAAAGAAGAGCUGAUGCUUCUCGGGUUCAUCUCCCUGCUGCUGACGGUGUUCCAGGGGAUGAUCCAGAGGACAUGCAUUCCUGCCGGCUGGACAAAACACAUGCUGCCGUGCCAGAGGCUGGAUGAGAAGGCUGGUGAGGUGAGCGCCACAAAGGAGCAUUUUGUCGCCGCCGAGAUCCUUGGCUUGAUCGGGAGGCGACUGCUCAGUGAGGUCGGGGCUGGAGCUGAGCACUGUCAGAAGAAGGGAAAAGCUCCACUGCUGUCCCUUGAAGCCAUACAUCUGUUGCACAUUUUCAUAUUUGUUCUGGCUAUCACACAUGUUAUUUUCAGCGUUACAACUAUGCUUUUAGGAGGUGCAAAGAUACACCAAUGGAAACAGUGGGAGGAUAGAAUUCAGAAAGAUGAUGCAGGAAAAGGGCCUAAGAAGGUGACCCAUCUGCAACAAUUCGAAUUUAUCAGGAAACGUUUUAAGGGUAUUGGCAAAGAUUCUGUAAUAUGGAGUUGGCUGCAUUCUUUUGGUAAGCAAUUUUAUAGAUCAGUAUCUAAGUCAGACUACACCACAAUGCGUCUUGGUUUUAUCAUGACUCACUGCCCUGGAAACCCAAAAUUUGAUUUCCAUAGAUAUAUGGUGAGGGCUUUAGAGGCUGAUUUUAAGAAAGUAGUUGGCAUAAGAUGGUACUUGUGGGUCUUCGUGGUGAUAUUUCUUUUGCUGAAUGUUAACGGUUGGCACACAUACUUUUGGAUUUCCUUCCUUCCCCUUCUUCUUCUGUUAGCUAUUGGCACUAAGCUGGAGCACGUCAUAGCUCAAUUAGCCCAUGAUGUUGCUGAGAAGCACACAGCAAUUGAGGGCGAUUUGGUUGUGAAACCAUCAGAUGAGCACUUCUGGUUUGGGCGGCCAAGGAUUGUCCUGUACUUAAUUCACUUCAUUCUCUUUCAGAAUGCAUUUGAGAUUGCAUUCUUCUUCUGGAUACUGACCACUUACGGAUUCAACUCCUGCAUCAUGGGACAAGUUGGUUUUAUCGUGCCGAGGCUUGUUAUCGGGGCCAUUAUUCAACUUCUCUGCAGCUACAGCACCUUGCCUCUGUAUGCAAUUGUAACCCAGAUGGGGAGCUGCUACAAGAAAGAGGUCUUCAACGAGCAUGUGCAGCAGGGCGUCCUAGGUUGGGCGCAGAAGGUUAAGAUGAAAAAGGGGUUGAAGGGGGGCGCCAGAGCAUCCAAGGGAUCGAUGAACAACGCCGAUUCUGCAGGAACUUCUGUUAACAUUGAAAUGGCGAAAGCGACAGCAAAGGAAGACAGUGAGAUUGUUGGAAAUUCAGAGUGAUGUGUGUUCUACAGCAACGGAUUGUAUGCUGUGUGGGCGUGUUUUCCUGUUUUGUAAACUUGUAAAUGGCGUGGUUUGUUCAUGUGCCAUCAUUUUUGGAGAUAGCGGCCAUAAAAUAGUGCCCUGGUAUGGCUAAUUAUCUGGAGGUUCAUAUAAGGGCACGUCAAUUCAAUUCUCGGGUAGGCCAAGCUGGGUUCGAUACGUUGUAAUAUGGAUGAAUUUUAUGCGUGAAUAUUUGCGUAAACCAAUAGGCAUAUUAGAUUUUGGGAAUCAAAUUAAGGAGUUUUAUUUCA